AUACACCUCUGCCUCGAUGCCCACGUGCUGCUGGUAAACUCGAAAGUGACCCGAACCCUGGCCUCGUCGGCAUCCAAAAUUGAACGCGUGCUGGCCGCGGCGGCACUCAAAGGCAACGGCUCUCGGGCAGACCUGAACAGGCAGCGGAACGGCUUCGGCUUGGUGGGUGUGCGGCAAAUACCCCCACAUCCGGAUAACCAAAAUAAUCCGCUGUGGGAGCGCACCGGUCUACCCAUUUUUCGCUAUCGCUCAAUGAUUCAGAACACGCUGCAACAGCACCAGGUUCUCGUUGUCAAGGGUAGCACUGGCUCUGGCAAGUCCACGCAGGUGCCGCAGUAUGUGCUGGAGUGGGCGGCAGACAGAAUGAACGAGGUGCGGAUUGUGGUGAGCCAGCCGCGACGCAUAGCGGCCAUCAGCGUCUCGGAGCGAAUCUCCAAGGAGCGGGGCGAGCUGCCAGGCGGCACUGUGGGCUAUCAGAUUCGCAUGAACAGCAAUUGCACCAGCCACACUGCGCUCACGCUGACCACCAGUGGCUGCCUGCUGCGGGCUUUGACCAUGGAUACGGAGGCGUUCUUUGAGACCGUCACCCACUUGAUUAUCGAUGAGGUGCACGAGCGUGACUUGGACACGGACUUUCUGCUGCUGGUCAUCAAGCUGGAACUGCAGAAGAAUCCCCAUCUCCGGGUGAUUCUAAUGUCCGCGACCAUGGAUCUGGAUGCGUUGUCCGCAUACUUUGGCAAUGUGCCCGUCCUGGAUGUGGAGGGGCGCAGCUUCGGGGUGCGCAUCUUUCAGAUGGAGCAGAUUCUCAGCGAGACUGGCUACAUGACCGCGGCCAUGAAGCACAUUUUGGGCAAGAAGAUUGACACCGCCACAGCGGACGAGCUGCUGCAUGCGUACAUUCUCACGCGCUACAUGGAGUCGGACAUUGACAACAAUCUGAUUGUCUCCCUGCUGGAGCUGCUCGUGAAGAAUGGCGAGAAGGCUGCGGUAAUUGUGUACCUGCCGGGCUACAAUGACAUGACCUCGCUGAUGGAGAGUCUGUACAACUCUCUGCCGGCUGACAAAAUACAAAUACUUCUGCUGCACAGCCAGGUGGAGAAUCACGAGCAGAAGAAGAUAUUCCGCAAUUACCCGAAUGUUCAGCUGACGAUCAUUUUGAGCACCAACAUUGGACAGACGUCCAUCACCAUACCGGAGCUGGUGUACGUCAUUGACUUGGGCAAGUCCAAGAUGAAGAUCUAUGACGCCAAGACGAACGCCUCGCAGCUGGCCACAACGCCCAUUUCGCAGGCGGAUGCCCUGCAGAGGGCCGGUCGGGCUGGUCGCAUCCGUGAUGGCAUCUGCUAUCGUCUGUACUCCAGCGAGCAGUUCGCCAAGAUGAACUUCUACACCAUACCGGAGAUCCAGCGACGCACGCUGGACGAGAUCUGUCUGCUGACGAAGAUUGCAGCUCCCGAGCAGUCCAUACCGACGUUUCUGUCGCAGGCACUGGAUGCGUCGCAGCCGGAGGCCGUCGAUCAGGCCUGCUCGCGGCUCAAGCUCUUGGGCGUGCUCCAGGAAACCAAUGAGUCGAUCACCAUGCUGGGCCGGAUCAUUGCGGAGCUGCCGCUGAGCGUGCAGAUGGGUAAGUGCGUGGUGUACUCGAUAUACUAUCGAUGCCUGGGCAGCAUGUCCAUCAUUGCCGCCUUCCAUUCUGUCCGCGAUCCCUUCGUGCUGCCCGUCGAUCGGCGCCGGAGCUUCUAUCCGCAAGAGGCGCGCCUCAAACUGACCGAGAACUGCCACAGCGACUUGAUCGGAAUGAUAAGUCGACGCGGCCACAAGGAGCUGGCCCAGUUCUGCGAGCGCAACUAUCUGUGCUCCAACUCCAUGGCCAUGUUUGUCUCGGCCGUGUCCACGCUGCGGGAAUCUGUUUGCCGCAUCUUCAAGCUGGAUCAGACCGCCAAGCGCCACGCCAGCGCCAAUGACAGGGACAACAACAUGCUGCGGCUGGCCCUCACCGCUGGCCUCUACCCCAAUCUGGCCUAUUACGACUACACCAAGAACGAGCCGGUGGCCGAGUGCGAUCCGAACGUACUUGUCUCGCGCAACUCUUGCCUCUUGGGCAAAAAGAAGAUGCGCACCCUGCCCAGCGAGUGGGUGCUGUAUGUGGAGAAGACACACGUCUCGGAGUACAAGUCGUCGCUGGAGCACACCAGUCUGGUCAGCACCCUGCACGUGGCCAUUGCCGGUGGAAAGGAGCUCAAGAUAGCCAAGCGACCGAGCAGCAACCUUGGCCUGCUGGACACUGCACCCAAGGGGCAGCUGUGCAUCGAUCACUGGGUACGCAUUUGCCUGCACCCGAUGUUCGGGGAGCAGUUGAUCACUCUGCGAGCGCUCAUCAAGCGUGAAAAAUUGUCUUAAAACAUAUUCCGAUUAAGGAUGGCAGAUGCCGCAAAGGAACCUAAGUUCCAAAAUCCACGUAAAGUGGUUCAACAGCCCAACCCCGAUAAUUUCGAAGAACGGUUUGAGGAACGGCCUCCUGCAGUAAAGCAGAAACAAAAAUCAGCAAUACCUGAUAAGCGCACAAGAGAGAAGAACAAAAAAGAAAGCGCCGAGAAAAAGACUGAGGAACA